GCCAGGUUCUCAACGGUAAAGCGUAGCAGCUAGUGGGGAUCUCAAAACUUCCUUCUGAAAAAUCAACACACUGAAAUAUUGUGAUAACCGUAAUGUCACAUUGCAGGGCUGGAGUACAUGCCUAGAGAACAGACAAGUUCUAUCGGGAUAGCUAAAACGACACAGAGAGGAGGUCACUAGAAAGAAGAGGAUUAAUUUUGUGGAUAUUGAUGAUUUGAUGAUAUAUGCACAUGUGAAAAAUAUGAAAACGUGAAAAAAUAGCAUUUACAACUACCAACUUGUAAAGUGUUGAAGUGAUUGGAUGUGUAUCGUAGUGUGCCCAUGGGGAGUUACAGUGUUAUAAUAGGAGUAUAAACACACGGCUAUGUAUACAGUGGAUUAUAUAAAGACAACACCAACUGUUGUGUUUUAAUUGUUAAUACACUCAUGGCAUGAUAUUCAACAAAUUUUGGAAAUUAAUCAUUUUAAUCUGCAAACAUGCAGUUUAAAAGGAAGUGUGAUUUUAAUUCAAGAACUGUUUUUAAUGUGUUUUUGACUGCCGUUGUUUUUCUAGUCAAUGGUGGACGUUCUGAAAGUAGAGAAUUUGUACCAGGUGCAGUACAUGGAAGUAGUGAUCCGCGUCUCCUUGGGUCUCCAAUGUUCAUCAAGGAACCAGAACCAUACUACUACAUAGUAAAAAAUCGACCAAUUGACAUUCAUUGUAAAGCUGUUAGUGCUGUCCAAAUAAAGUUCCGAUGUGCAGACGUAGAUCAGUAUCACGAAAUUACUGAGGAAUAUUUUGAUUCGUCAAUCAAUAAAAAAGUGAUUUCUAGUCGACUGGAAGUAACAAGGGAUGAAGUUAAAGAUUAUUUUGGGGAAGGUGGAUUUUGGUGUGAAUGUUACGCAACCAAUAGCCUAGUGGAUACUAAUAAUGGAAAGAAAAUCAAAAGUCGAAGAGGACUUGUGGAAAUAGCAAUGAUGCGGAGAUGGUUUGAACAUCAGCCCAUGUCAAUACGUGCAGCCUUGGAUACUGAUGCUCAGCUUACCUGUCUGCCACCCGAAGGCAAACCCAUGCCGGAGGUCUUUUGGCUUAAAAAUGGAGAGGAAAUUGACAUCAGGAAGACAAACAACAUCAUAUCCAGUGAAGGAAAUUUACUGUUUCCUCAAGUCCGCAUCUCUGAUACUGGAAACUACACCUGUGGGGCUCGAAAUGUUGUCGCAAAGCGUCUAAGCCAAUCAGCUGUCUUGACCGUCUAUGUGAAUGGCAGCUGGUCAACAUGGAGCCAAUGGUCAACUUGUUCUGUCAAAUGUGGUCGGGGCAGCCAGAAGCGUUACCGAGCUUGUACCAAUCCGACCCCUCUAAAUGGAGGUGCGCCUUGUGUUGGAGAGACCAGCCAGAAGACCGAGUGUACUGCCAUUUGUCCAGUGAGAGGGCAGUGGUCAAUGUGGUCAUCCUGGUCAACCUGCAGUCCCGAUUGUCUACAUCAUCGCCGAAGGUCAUGUGAUGAUCCACCCCCAGAAAAUGGCGGAGGGUACUGUAGUGGAAACGACCUUGAUUCCACGAACUGUACUGGAGGAAUGUGUCGAGGGAAAACACUGUAUGGGGAUCUUAGAGGCCCAGUAAAAACAGCUACCACAAUCGGACCUAAUGCAGGAAGUGGGAACAUUGCCCUCUACAUUGGAAUUUGUGUAUCCAUUGUUGUACUGGCCAUAUUUGUUAUCCUGGUUGCCUUGGCAAUUAGAAGGAAAAGUCAAAAUGCUAACAACAGUCACCAACCGCCCCUCACCGAUGAGGAAAAGAAAGCCAACAAAAACGGAAAUGGUGUGGUUUCUGUUCCACCCGACCUGACACAGACAGUGGUGAUCGUCCAGCACAACAACAUGAGUAAUGGCGUCUCUCGCAGUCCAAGCAUAGAAGCUCCUAACAACAAUGUCAGCUCUGUUGAGAACAUCUACGAUAAACCUGACAUCAGUCCGGACUGCCGGUUAUCAGGGGGCACUCUAACCAAAAAUGGCAAAACACUUUUUGUAGAACCCACAUUUAUGAACAACAGACCCCAAGAAAAAUUACCUUACGAGAAAGAUGUUCCACCUCCCGUUCCUCUCGGACCUCGACCCUCUAUACAGAACAACAAUGUGAUGGACAGCCGACAAUCUAUGAUGUCUGUCCAGUUACCUAGCAACAUUGACAUGGAGGCUGUGGCCUGGAGUACAUUCAACCAUCAGGGCGGACGACUUAUUCUUUCCGAGUCAGGUGUUGCACUGACGGUGCCGGAGGGAGCCAUUAAAAAGGGUCACACGGAGGAGCUGUUCAUCGCUGUGUGUCGGGACGACAAGGAUAGGCCCAAACUCUCAGACCAUCAGACUGUUAUUAGCCCUGUGAUACUGGUCGGCCCCGUCAAACAUGACAUGCUGAAGCCAGUUAUUCUAUCACUACAACACUGCGCCAACAUGCGACAAGGAGGUUGGAUGCUCUCCCUUUGUACCAGUGACACACCCACAGACGAACCCCCACGAUGGCAUAAAAUUGUGACUUUGGGACAGGAGACAAUAAAUACACCAAUAUACGCCCAGCUCGACCCUAACCACUGUCACAUCAUGACUGAAUACCUUCAAAGAUACGCCCUCAUAGGGGAGGCCAUCCACGGAGGCAAGCCAAUCAAAAUCCUUCGUCUGGCUGCAUUUGCCCCUAUGAUGCCCCCCUCCAUGGAUUUCAGCAUCAGGGUUUAUGUAGUAGAGGAUACCCAGGAUGCAUUAGAAAGUGUGAUACAAGAGGAGAGAAAAUUUGGAGGACGUUUACUUGACAAACCCAAGCAGAUACCAUUCCAAGAUGGUGGACACAAUUUGUGCCUCACUAUCGAAGAACUCACCCCAGGUUGGAGAAGUAAACUAGCGGCAAACUACCAGGAAAUUCCAUUUCAACACAUUUGGAGCGGAACACAGAACAACUUGCACUGCUCUUUCUCCUUGGAACUGGUUGACCGUGCCUAUCACAAAGUCAGCUGUAAAAUACAGGUGUACCAGAAAGCUAUUCUUAGCAACAGACAAGUCCUCAACAUCAGCAACAACUUUAAAGAGAAACCAGCAUCUUGUUCCACGCCCUCAUCAACACUCAAAGGGAGGUCAUCGACAGUAACCACCAAUUCCAGUUCAGGGUUCAGCUCUAUGGUAACGCUUGACCCCCAAGGUCAAAACUUUCGACUGCCAACACAUAUAAGGACGAGAUUAUGUAUGCUACUGGAUCCUCCAAAUGCUCGUGGUAACGACUGGAGGAUGUUAGCACAGGCUCUCACAGUAGAUAGGUAUGUCCAGUUCUUUGCUACAAAGGGUUCACCCACAGAACACAUUCUGGAUUUGUGGGAGGCACGACACCGGGAAGAAACAGCAGUUACAGACUUAAUGAACAUUUUCCGUGUUAUGGGCCGGUUGGACGCGGCGUCUGUCCUCGAGGAGGACCGAGGAUCAUGGUUAUGAUUUUGUCAAUGUGCCAAUGACAGGACAAUUCUUCUAUAACCUAUGCAAGUGUGGCUGUGAUCAUGCUCAGCCUCCACAUGUGGGGCAGAAAUCUUGAAUACAAGGGUGCCUCUGGAGGCUGUGCACACCCUGAAGAGUUCCGACUCAGACGGCAAAUAUAUGUCUCAUAACCAAACUCUGGUGCUCCACAAGGCCGACUGGUUUGUGGAACUUCUGCAAACUAGGACAGCAUUGGGUACUCCAUGAGUCCAGUUGGCCCUUAUAUGGAAAUUUGAUAAUGAGAUGCAUAAACUAACAACAUGAUGGUAUUCAUGUUCAGAAAUUGUAGCGGAAGUGAAUUCACUUGUGGCAUUCAUAAGACCAACGAAUCUUUGAAAGCCACUUGCUACCAAAAUAGAAGUCUGUAGUGCUUAGAAUGUCUCAAUGAAAAAAAAACGGCCGAAUAUGGGUGCUCAUCAUAUCCUUAUAUGGAAUGACUGCUGAUGCAUAUUAUAGGAUGUGAUACCUACACAAAUCCGUAUUAUACUUACUCUGAACAAAGUGUGAAUAUGAAUUUCAAAGUGAUUAAAAAGAGUGCUAUUUUCCAAGAAAAGAGAAUUACUACACUAACUAUAUUUUGAAGAAAUUAAAAUAGUAGUGUUAUUUAUUGUGAAUUCCAGGAGAUUUAGUUUAGACUCUGUAGGAGACAUAAAAACUCUAGGAGAUUCCAUUUGGACUUAAUAGGAAACAGGAGAAUUCCUAGAAUAACUCAUCAACAAUACAAAGUGAGAGAUGGUGAAGAAUCCCUAGACCUGAAGAGACUUUCUUCUAUUGGUGGAAAUGUCGACCUUUGCUCCCUCUAACUCGGACAAAGGUCAAGGAAGUGAGAGCCCAAUAUAAGACAUCUACAGUGUAGGUGGUGGUCAUGCUUCCAAAUUAGAAGUUACUCAACGGAGACAAAUGGACAGUGUCGUUACCGAGUGACCCCCUGUGUCGAAACCGACGCCAUCACUCACUAGUGACUGUUGAUAUGACAACAAAAUAUUGUGAUAAAAUAACACGAUGGAUUAUUAAUACAAUUCAAACUGCCAAAUGUGUGUAUAGAUUGUCAUACUUUACUGGGUGAAUACAACAUGUAUGUCAAUAUUUUGCCAGACAUAAAGUUCAGACAUGCUGAUGUUAUUUCACCAUAAAGUUAUAACAAUAAAAUAUGACAGAUUUUAUAAUUUAUUAUGUAAUUAUAAAUAAGCUUCUGCUAUUAAAAAUCAUUCAAAUAAAAAAAAACAUUUACAUUUUCCAUUUAGAGGCAUUUAGAAGUAGUGUACCAAUUUGAGGUGAAAUUUGAUUAUGUUAUUGAUCAAUUUAUCAAGGAAGGAUAUCUGAAUAAGAAAACAAAUUGGAACAUUAUUUUUGUUUGUGGUACAGGAGAAAGCAAUACUUUACCCGUGGGAUAAAUCUGAGGUUCACAACAAGAGUAAUUUGUUCAGGCGACCAAGAGAGUUAAAGGUGAUGUGUGUAAGACUUUAAUCCCUUACAAGUAACACAACCAGGUGAAGUUUUAAAUUGUUUCAACAUCAGUGGCAUCACAUUACCGGGGGUCACAGGGUGCAAUUUAUGUUGAGGUAAUGCACAUUCCCCUCAAUAAUGUGUCCUUUGUGUUGUGGUACAAGGAUCAUUACUACAUCAAAAUAAUGGCUGGAUAUGGCCGUCUGACAGGUGUAAUUCUAAAACCUCAGUAGUACUUGUCCCAGGUAGGGACUGCUGGAAACUACAACUCUUUGAUGAACCAAUUUGCUGUGCAAUUGCUCCCAGCUGACGGAACUAAUAGUGAGGAUAUCAAAAGUUAGCUCACCUAUUACAGAGUCAAUAAAAAUCUGCCCAAUCUUAUUUAAUUGAUUAAUGCAGGCUAAAAUUUAUUGUCGCUUGAGUAAAAUUGUUCAGAAGAAAAAUACUUUCCACAAAGUCUUACUGCAUAUAUAUAUUAUAUUCUUCAACCAAUUUCUAGUCAUUUUGUGUCAUUUUAAAUCUGAAACAAAUGGUCAUCUCUAUAACAUGGGAAGUGUGGGUAUAUAUAUUGUACUUACAAUCAAGUGACUUUUUCAUCAGAAGGCUGAUAUUGUACUUGUCUUUGACCUUUGCCUGUAUGGGGGAGAGUUGUGUGUGUGUGAGACUGUCAACGACAAUAGUUUAGGGGCCAUCACCCGUCUCAUUAAUGCAUUAUACCAGUUUAUAUGUGUACAAAUGCAGUAUCUCAUUACCUCUAAUUCAUCUGUCACCUACAGGGGUAUGCGAACCGCCAUGUUGUCACCAUUUGUACUUAGUGACACUACUGACCUGCUCUCAAAAACAUCUCAACCUUUCACAAUCCAUUUUGUAUACAUUUUUGUGUAGCGCUAAAAUGAGUUCUUUUAAAAAUGAGCCGGUGAGCUUUGUAGUAGAGACGCUGGAUAGUGAUUAGGGAGUUACUCGUUAGGUUUUGUUAUAAUUAGAAUCUAAAGAUCAUUGAUUGAUGCCCUUUCUAAUUACUGAAAUAAGUGCUUCUUGGUUUUCUGUGAAGUGUAUGCUUAAUGUGAUGUUCAAAAGUGAGAGUCAUUUCUUACCAAUAUUUUUAUUUCAUAUAUAUAUUCUGAAUUCUUUAAAAAAAUUGAAUAGAUAGCUCAUUCUAUUUAGAUUUUGGGGGAUAAACCUUCACACACAUUCCUGUACAAGGCAAGAAUUUGUUAAACACAUUUUUUUUUCUGGUUUUAUAUAAAGUCUAUUGAAAUGCUGUAUAAUUUAUGUAUAUCACGUCUAUAUUAUAAAUAAUUUUUCAAGAAUUGUUCAACAUGUCUCGAGGUGUUUCAUUGAGAAUAGUAUUAUAUGGGUCCUUAUCUUUGUGAAGCUGUUGGUCUGUACGUUUAAACUCGUUACUGUAUUAUAGCUGGACAUUACCUGCUGGCUUUUUCUCCCUCACAGAUGGUGCUAAUAAGAAAUUCAGAUAUAAAUCAUUGAGUAAUUAUUUAAUAUGUCACAAUCGUGUUGUCAAAUUAUUGAUCUAGCUUUAUUCUCAUCCUGCUCACCCUUACUACGUUCUCAUUAUACAUUUUUAAUGUAAAUCAUCACUUCCAUAGAUACACAAUGUAGUGCUUCCAUCCUUCCAUCCAUCAUUCCCAUACUUUCACAGGAAAAAAACCCCACCUACCUUUGGAACUUAUUUCUGAUAGGUAUAUAACACAUAUAUAUGAUAAAUAUAUAAAAAAAUAAAACAUAAAAAACAUAUUUCUAGGUGGGAAUCAAAGCUUUUGAUAUGAGUGGAUGUGUCGUACCAAUGUGUACCCAUUUUAAAAUUCUAAUUUUUUCUCCAAUUCUUUUUUUCUUUAUCACUGAUAAAAUGGUAAUGCAUAAAACAUGUUUAAUUCUCAUUUAUCAAGUGGUCUCCAGGAUGGAAAUCAGUUUUGAAUUUCAUUCUAUUUCAUUCUAUUUCAAAAAUUUUACUACAAAAUCUUGUCAACUAUUGUGUUUUAGAUGUGAGUGUUGUCUCCCUUGGAUGGCCGACCCGUCGGGGUCAGACAUGCCAAAUGUUUGUAGAGUGAAUGGGUUAGUGUUAUUGUCUUUCUCAUAAUGAUGUUAAUUUAUUGACUAUAGUUAUGCUAUUUGUAAUGCUUAAUAGGCAUCAUUAUAUUUUUUCUCAUAAAGAUUGUCUAGGUGGGACCUAAUUUUCAAUACUGAGCUAUAGAAAAAUGUGUGUUAUUAACUUAUAUAUAUAUAUAUACAUAUAUAUAAACAUAUUAAGUUUUUUAGUUUAUGGGGCACAGAAAGUAAUGUUGCAUAAUUGUAAUAAUGUAAAGUUAAAAAAAAUUAUGAAAGCUGAACUAGGUAACUUGCCUUUAUCAUAUCUUUGGAAAGUAUGUCAUCCAUCAGUUAAGGUAAUGAAUGUAUGUCAGAAAUGAAAAUUUGCCAGGACAAAAAGGUUGAUGAAUGGGUUCAUUGUGGAGUAUGAAAUAUACAAACAGGAAAACAAUGCCUAAAGCUCAACUUAAAUUAAUAUAAUGGUGAGAAUUAAUUUUUGUGAUUUUGUUUUACUGAAGUCAAGAGAAUGUAAUGUACCUUUACAUGUUGUGAGAGUAAUGUUUGGUCCCAGUGGAAGAGUACACUUGCAUCUGUGUAAAACAAAAGCUUGCACCCAAUGGAAGAGCACACUUGCAUCUGUGUAAGACAAAAGCUUGCACCCAAUGGAAGAGUACACUUGCAUCUGUGUAAGACAAAAGCUUGCACCCAAUGGAAGAGUACUCUUGAAUCUGUGUGAGACAAAAGCUUGCUCCAAAUGCAAGAGUACACUUGUCUGUUUGACCGAUGUACUAUGAGUUUAUUGUUCCCGUUACUAUAAUUGAAAUCUGAUACGGAGUCCUGUUAACAGAUGGCCAGAUUCCAUUACAGUAUGAGGAAUCGCAUUACAGAAAUUAAAUUUAACUUGAUGAAAGCAAUCAAAGUGCCACAUUUUUUAAGUAGAAUUUUCAAGAAAGGAGGUUUCCUGAUUGACCUAAUCCAUCUUUUUCUUCAUUAAUUUAAUGAUCGGUGCCAUAAUGGGGUAAUUAUCACGACUUUUGGGCGAGUCCUGCAUUACUUUUCUUUUUAUAAAGGGGAGACAUUUUUUUUUAAGUGGGAAGGGUGGUGUUUUUUUUUAUCAAAUGUGAGAGUGUUUUCUGGGAGUUGUGAUUCUGUGUGAAGUUUGUGUUUGAAAAAAUUGCUUCUACAAGUGUGUGAAUAAUAUACCACAUAAUUAUGUGUGCUGAUGCAGGUGUGCGAGUGUUGGGCAACACAUGCUAGUGCAGGUGUGAAAGUGAAUCUGUAAGGUGGUGAGUGUUUUCCUCAUGUGGUUUGUUUGAACCUCUACAUAUGAUACACGAUGUGUCAUGUGUCAGUUUUUACAGAAUUUGUCAUUUAUCAUAAAGAUGUGACAGAUGAGUUUAUUUGAUACAUAAUGAGUGGGAAGCUACAGUUAUAUGUAUAAUAAAGAUAUAUGUCAUAUAUACAUGUAAAUUAUGUAAAGUUUGGUAGCUACCAGGUAUGCUGGCUACCACAAUGAUCAUGCAAUUUUAAGAUUAAAAUAUUUUGUUUUUGUCAUGGUAACAUGUUUAUUGUAUAUAAAUGUCACUAAAAUAAAUUGAGAAAAAAGAAAUCUUAA